UCAACUUACUAUUUACUGGACCCGCUAUGGCCGCUUGACUCAGGCUGAAAUACCCUUCUUCAGUUUUCAUUUGUUCGAAACAUUUGAACAAACUUUUCCAGAUAAACUUUCGUCUUUUGUGUAGUUUUUAUGUCAAGAAAUAAGGAUGCAACCCCCACCGAGAAAGGUCCGGGUCACCCAGGAGCUGAAACACACUCAUGCAGAGCAGAUGAGCAGAUUACACAUCAAGCACCAGGCAGAAUGUGACCUCCUGGAAGACCUGAGGACUUUUAGCCAAAAGAGGGCAGCUAUCGAGAGGGACUACGCCCAGGCCCUCCAGAAGUUGGCGAAUCAGUAUCUAAAGAGGGAGUGGCCAGACAGUCUGACAGACGAACAAGAGGAUCAGAGGAACAUGUAUUGUGUGUGGAGGGCCUAUUUGGAGGGCACGGUCCAGGUCACCCAGUCCAGAAUCAGCGCCUGCGAUAACUACAAAGUUCAGGUUGCCGAUCCAGCCAAGACGGUCCGGCUGCAGAAGGAGCAGCAGCUGAGGAAGUGUAUUGAUCAGCUGACGGUGGUUCAAGCUGAGCUGCAGGAGUCAGUGAAGGAGCUGACCAAGAGCAGGAAGAAGUACCAGGAGGCCGAGACGAUGGCACAGGCUGUCCGAGAGAAGGCCGAGCUGGACGCCAAGUCCAAGCUAAGUCUCUUCCAGUCCAGAUCCAGUCUUCAGAGGGCCACCGUAAAGCUGAAAGCCAAGAGGAGCGAGUGCAACUCCAAAGCCACCCAUGCCAGAAACGACUACCUUCUCACGUUAGCUGCCGCUAACGCUCACCAGCAGCGCUACUAUGACACGGACCUCGUGGACUGCAUCAAGGUGCUGGAUGGCAGAAUCUAUGAGCAGGUAAAAGAUUACCUGGUCUCGCUGUGUCAGACCGAGCUGGAAAGUUACCAGGCUGUCCAUAACACCUUCAACCACCUCUUGAACAGCUCAAAUGGGGUUCUGCAGGAGUUCCACCAGCAGCUGUUCGUGCAGAAGAACCUCAUGUUCCAGCAAGCUGCCGACUUCUUGUUCCAGCCCAUCGACUCAGAUACGGUGAUGCAGCUGCUGAAGGAGAGUGGGACGGCGGAGGAGCACAGUCUGGACAAAGAGGCCAGGAAGUGGGCGAGUCGCGUGGCCCGAGAAUACAAGAGCAUCAUCCACACUCAGAGGGCCCUGGAGGAAUUUGAGACACAAGAAUCAUCAGAGCAAAACAACAGUGAGCUGGAGACCAAGAUGGAGGUGGCCAGGCAGAGUCUCCGGAGGGCAGAGACGGUGAAGGUGAAGGCGGAGGCUCGUCUGGACCUGCUGAGGCAGGCGGGUGUCGCCGUUGAAACGUGGCUGAAGAGCGCCAUGAACCAGGUGAUGGAGGAGCUGGAGAACGAGCGCUGGAACAACCUCAGUACCCAUGAUCCUUCACUCUCCGGAACAGCAGAUCUGGAGCGAGAGGAUGAGGAGGAGAUGGAGGACAGCGGUGAGGUGUUAGAUGACAGCAGCUCCAGCCCCUCCAGCACCUUGAAAAACUACCCCCUCACCUGCAAAGUGCUCUACUCCUACAAGGCUUCUCAGCCAGAUGAACUGACCAUCGAGGAGCAGGAGAUCUUGGAGGUCAUUGACGAUGGAGACAUGGAGGACUGGGUCAAGGCCAGAAACCGCAGCGGACAGGUAGGCUACGUCCCGGAGAAAUACUUGCAGCUGCCUUCCUCCAACAGUCUACUGAGCAUGCUGCAGGCUCUGGCCGCGCUGGACGCCAGAUCUCAUUCCUCCAGUAACUCCACCGAACCUGAAACCGAACUGCCAACCGGCUCGGUCAACGGAGACUCCAGUGUGUCGUUUGCCAAGGCGCUGUACGACUACGCGGGGCAAACGGAUGACGAGCUGUCAUUCCCAGAAGGCGCCAUCAUCCGCAUCCUGAGCAGAGAGACCCACGAGGAUGAUGGUUUCUGGGAGGGAGAGUUCAACGGCGUUGUCGGCGUCUUCCCCGCGGUUCUGGUUGAGGAUCUCACCGGCGCCAGCGAGAAUGGAGACGGGCAGAGAGAUGGCAGCGCACAGGCCUCCCCCUCCCCUUUGGCCCAGUGUGACCGAUCCCCUCGUAGUCCCUUCCAGCCGGGGCCUCUCCAUAGCAGCCCCCUGCAGACGCCCACCAUGUCCUCUCCCCAGUCGAGUCCCUGCAGCGCCACAGCCUCUCCCAUAGGCCGACCACCCUCCUAUCACAAUGGACAUCACAGGCCGCCACCGGCGCCGCACAAAAGCCCCUUUCAGAGUCCAGCCCAAGGCUCACCUCAGCCUCCCAAAUACCCGGAGAGUGGAUCUGGCACCAUUCGACCAGUUCGUGCUGCUCCUCCGCCCCCGAAGCAGCAUCCCCGUGGGCAGGUGAAGCGGAGAGAGGAGGUGGAGAUCACGCUGGUGUGAAGACGAUGGCGGCGGCGGCGACAACUCUGUUCAAACCAGCUGGGACUGGGCGGCUCUGUGCCUCUAAACGCACUCCCAAAGGAAACCCGAGGAAACCGAAACCCCCUGAAGAGGCCUGGAGGCCAGGAGAGACCCUCCUCUUUGUCCUCGUGUCCUUUCACACAGCACGGCAGAGGGUUUGUGUGCUGUGGAGGAAUAUUGUGCCUUUCUCUUAACUAUACUCCUUUAAUUUCCUCUCAUCUUCAGUUGUGUCAUUUCUCACACUCCCUGACUCAGUGUUUGUCUCCCGUUUGACCGAUAAAUAGAGCCGAUAAUUUCUUUUGUACUCAGAGUUUAAGAAUCCACAUUGUCCACGUCGUCUACCUGGACAGGAAUCAUUUUCAGCCCUGAUAAAAUAUAUUGAUCAGUAUCUUCAAACAUCAGUCUUCAGUUCAAAUCCUGUUUCUGUUCUUUGCUACCCCUCAUAGUAGCUGAUAUAGUGAUAACUGGCAGAUCAUGUGACCUCUCGCGGUGUGAAACAGCGUCCCUGUGCAGGGCCUAAAACAGUACAGUCUGUUAACGUAAGGAAAGGUAACGUCGUAUCGUUCGCUCGUGGGGGCGAAGUAAAUCCACACAAAUCUUUCAGCUACGAAAACACACCAGUCCGACUGAUAACACGUUAAAACGAGAACACUGGUUUCCAGUACGGUCCAGUAACAAGGAAGCUAUCAGAGCUGAUUAGCUGUGUCGCACCGUCACCUUUUAUUUAACCUCCUUUUGUUGGAGUAAAAACUGCCAAGAGCGGAAAUAAUACUAAACAUGAGCGCGGCCUUCUCGUCAAACACUCAGACCAUCAGGUCAAAGAUCAAUACCUCCUGAUCAUGAGAUACAAAAUCAUAAUUAUGAGAAGACUUUUUUUUUUUCCUUUGGUGAGUCCACACAUAUCUAUAUCGAUGUCGUCUGCAAAUAUUAUUAAUAUAUUAAUAAUAACGGUUUCUGUUCUGCCUCACUAUAUCACUUACCGUGCGGCUCCUUCUCUUAUUUUCACAAACUGAUGUCGAGGGUUUUCACAAUUGGAUUACUUCUAUGCAACGACGUCACGCUCGGCAGGACAUCGCAGCAUGUUGUGAACAUGCUAGUUCAACACAAACCCAAAGUCUGGUCGUCUCCGCGCUCGAUCAAAGCGCCAGCAGGGACGAGGCUGGUCCUCUCCUCCGACACGCAGCUGCACACGGUUACGUUAACAAGGGAAAAGUGGCAAUUUUUAGUCGAGUGAUUGUUAUGUCAGUAGGGAGAAUCUCCUAGGAAAGUCGUCUCGAUCAAGAAGAAAUGGAUCCUUCGCCUUUUUAUCGAUUAAUUUUUAAAACCCUGCUUCUUAUGUUAGUUUUCUUUGCACCAAAUGUGGAGAAAUUCCUAAAGGGAGAAACGUAGUGCGAGCAUGCAUAGUCUAACUUUUUUUUUUCUUUCUCUCGUGUUGUAAAAUAAAGAUCUAGAAAUGUUGUUAUGACACUAAUGUAGCCAGUGAAGGCUGCUGGUGCCAGAGGUGGUGUGUUGAGGAGGAGGUUGCCGUGGGUGACAGUUUACACUGAGGUAAUGUGCAGUUUAAACAUGCCUUUAUUUUUAAGGAGGAAACCAUCCUGAGCUGCUAGCUGUCCAAUAAAAAAAAUCUAUACUGUCAUAGUGAAGCACUUUUUGAUGUCUUCUUAUUCCUUUUCAGUAUUGUGGAUGCUACGUUGUUUGUUCAAUAUUUCUUGUUUGACGUUUUGUUUACCAGCUAUAUUGGUAAGAUCUUUUUUCUUUCGUCAGCUCUUGCGUUAUUUAGCCUUAAAUAGCCAUUGUAGUGUCUUUGAGAUUGAGAUAUGACCUUUUGAUCGUAUUGUUUUUGAAAUACCAAUAGUUUACAGAGAGCUUGGAGAUGGAUAUCUGUACAAAUAAUAGCACAGCUUUUUUUUUUUCGUUUUGUUUGUUUAGGAUUAGGAUAAAAACCUAUUAAACCUUAGUUCAAUUCGAUCAGAGGAAAAGAGAUAUCUGUCAGCUGUGUUGCUGUGUUCUCGUUGAUCUCCUUGAGAUCUGAAUGACAUCAAACUUAUUUUUGAAGUUUGCGUUUACCCUGUUGUAUUGAAAAAGAUAGUCGUCAGACUGAAGUCUCUUUUCCCGAUAGAGAAGUUGUUGAUAAGUUGCUACUGGUCCUGAUUCCAUGUUAAGUCUGAAUCUGAAAUUCAGUGACAAACUACCCACAUUUUACAAUGUAAGCUCUGCAGAGGCUGCUGAGCGUCAUAUUUACACACCAGUGGAUGUU